AUAACCUUGAUUAAAUUAGAAAAGACUCGCGUCAUCUCAUCUAAGGGCUAUUGGGUAACAUAAUGUUGAUUGAAAACAGCUAGCAAUAAAACUUUGCAUUCAAUCUUUCAUAUAGUUCUAUAUAUUAUACUUUUCUCCUCUCAGUAGUUCUUGCAAGUCAAUGAUCAUGAUGAAGGCAAAUAAGCAAAAUUCAUGUUUUAAGCUGAGUUCAAAUAUAAGCACUUUUCUACCUAUCAUGCUGAUCCUUCUUGUCCUCUUGUCAUUUUUCUUUUCAUUUACUUUCCUUCUUGCAAUACCAAUUGCUCUUGUAUCCACUUUGUUUCUUGUCAUAUUGAAAAAGAAACAAGAAUCUAAAAAUAAAAGUGUAGUUCAAGAUAAUCUGUUCAAAGAGAAGCUACAACCCUCAUUUGAUGUUAGUGAGACUGAACUUAAGAACCAACAAAGUGAAAUUGGUGAGAAUCAUGAGGAGGAAGAUGAAGCACAAUUGGAUAUUGAAAGCAGAAAUUUAUUAGUCAUGGAUAAAACUUUUGAGUUCAAUGUUUAUGAAAAUAAGCAACAAGAUGAUUUGAUAUCAAAUUUUUCAUUUCCAUCAGAUAGCGAAAGAAGUAACGGGUCAAUCAUCGGGGAAACUUUUGAGAUUGAUCACAAUGGAUGUCAAAAUAUGAGUAGUCGUGAUAUCUUAACUUCUGACACUGAUGGUGAAGACUAUGAUUGUGACUAUGAUGAUCAAGAUGAAGGAUUUAACGGAAUGAUCGUAGAUACAACUUAUAAUCUAGAUGGCAAAGAUAGCAGUUUACUCUCGUACUUUCCUUCGGUCGAUCCUAUCUUAGAUGAUUAUGAUAACGACGAUGAGGAGGAGGAGGAGGAAGAGGAGGAUAGCUUGAUUGAAAUCGACCUUCCAAGCAGGAACUUGUCUAACUUAACUGAAGAAUCUAAUAAGCAAAAAUCGGAAUCGAAAUUUUCAAGUUUCCUUUCAGAAUCCAUUUACAAGCAGCAAGAUCUCAUGCAGCUUUUAGCAGAAAUGAAUGAGAUGAAUGAGGAUGAUCAAAACUUAAUUGAGAUUGAUAUUUCCGUGUGAUCCAUUAAUAGUAAAGAUUUGAGAUUGAAGUAGGAGUUUUGAAUAUUUAGAAAAUCAAUGUGUUCCUAAGGAAGAUUUUGUGUUUGUCUAUUAUCUUGACAUUUUGAUUCAGAGGAAUUGGUAGUAGCAAGAUUGUGUUCCUUGCUUACCAUUUUUUUGACAUUUUUAAGUUUCUUCACUUACAAAUUAAACUAUGAGGUGCUUUUGUGAAA